UUCACGCGAGUAAAUCCAAAAUCUCGUCCUGGUAAAAUUUGUUACCGAUCGUUGAUAGAGUAGUCCCCACCUCCUUUUUCAGACGUCACCAUUGGGAGUCUGGCAAAUUUCCUUGGGUUGUGUGACACCCCAAAAACACAAAAAAUCUAAUUAUGGCUUCAAUAAUUCUAAACAGUGCGCGUAAUGCUGUGAAAAUUACUCUGCAAUCGAUACCAAAACGUUAUGUUUCGGUUGCUUCAACAUUCAGAAGUGCUCAAGGAACUCCAGAAAACACCGAAGAAGCAAGACCUACUAUUCGAAAACCGACAAUUCACAAUCUUGAUCAAGUAAAGGAUUUCGGUCGCUACGUGGCUGAUUGUCUCCCAAAAUACGUCCAGAAGGUGCAGAUUGCCGCUGGGGAUGAAUUGGAGAUUCUGAUAGCUCCUGAGGGGAUCAGACCCACUCUAACUUUCCUUCGAGAUCAUCACAAUGCCCAGUUCACUCAGCUCGUGGAUGUCACGGCUGUCGAUGUGCCCGGAAGGGCCUACAGAUUCGAGUUGGUCUACUGUCUCCUGUCCAUCAGAUUCAACAGUAGAAUUCGUGUGAAAUCCUACACUGAUGAGUUGACACCAGUGGAUUCUGUUUGUUCAAUUUUCAAAUCAGCUAAUUGGUACGAGAGAGAAGUCUGGGACAUGUUCGGAAUCUUUUUCAGUGAUCAUCCAGACUUGAGGCGAAUCCUGACUGACUAUGGUUUCGAGGGACAUCCGUUGAGGAAAGAUUUCCCUUUGAGUGGUUUUAUUGAGGUACGAUACGAUGACGAAGUCAAACGAGUCGUUGCCGAACCCCUCGAAUUGGCCCAAGAAUUUCGCAGAUUCGAAUUGUCAGCUCCUUGGGAGCAAUUCCCGAAUUUCCGAAACAGCUCCACUGCUGAGGAUGUAGUUCCGGAAAAACCAAAAGAGAAUCCUCCCAAGUAAAGAAAGAAGUUGAAAGAACAAUGUAAUGGAAAAAUAAUCAAUUUCAACUUGUAUAAAAAGCGUAGAUUAAGAAAAAUAAAUUAUGGAAAUAGUCAAAGUGUAGGUAUAAA